ACAGCGAAAGCCCAAACCCAAACCCAAUAGUAAAAAACAGGUCAGGCGAUGCCGGCCUGUUCACCUACCUAAUCCACCGUCUGUCUUUCCUCUCGUUAUCUCCUCUUCUUCUCCUUCUCCUUCUCCUUCUCCCUCUGCCCCUCACUGUCUUCGGCAAAUCCAACGUCCCAGAACAUACGGUAUCGAAGCUUAAUGUGUAAUUUACAAAGCAUCUGAAUGCUUUGAAGAAGUAUGAGCACCACGCAGAUUACUGCCUACCAGCCUAAAAUAUGUCUCAGACAUAUACCACAUUCAUCUCACCUCCCUUCUAAUCCAUGUAUUUUACCCGCCCUUCCUAAGCGUGUCCCUAGGACUUCCUUGAGCACAAAUGUAAAUGCAUCACGUCACCAACAAUGUGUGCCCAUCUCAAAGUACCAGCAGAGCAUGCCUGUCUGCUUAUUUGGUGGUAAAGGGAAAACGGGAGGUGAAAAUGGGGGUUCUCCAUGGAAUGCUUUUCAGAAUAUUUUGGGAAGGUUUAAGGGAAAGUCUGUGGAAGAUGUGUUACGGCAGCAGAUUGAGAAGAAAGAAUUCUAUGAUGAUGGUGGCAAAGGCAAAAAACCUCCAUCAGGUGGUGGGGGCGGUAAUAGUGGGGAUGGUUCUGGUGAGGAUGAAGACCUUGGUGGAAUCAUUGAUGAAACUGUGCAAGUGAUUUUGGCAACUAUGGGCUUUAUUUUUAUGUAUGUUUACAUAAUCAGUGGUGAGGAGAUGGCUCGACUAGCAAAGGACUACAUCAAGUAUUUAUUUGGAGGAAGUCAGAGCGCUCGUUUAAAGCGUGCCAUGUACAAGUGGGGAAGGUUCUACAAGAAGCUGACCGAGAAAAAGGUAGUUGAUCCGUUUUGGUUGGAAAAGGCAAUUAUCAACACCCCAACUUGGUGGGAUAGCCCAGAAAAGUACCGACGUCUCUAUAAGUCUUACGUAGAAUCAAAUUCUGAUAAGCAAUAAUGAGUUCAGUUGUAUCAUACUGCCUGGCCUACCUCCAGAAUGUUGCAUGUUCUGCAAAUGUUGCAAGAUGGUAUCCGAUUUUUUGGUAAAUUUUUACGUAAUCAUCAUGGUUUUAUGAAUUAGACAUGUUGAGAGCCUUUUUGGUAUUUGUGGUCUGACUGUAAACAUGCGAAAAUUGUCUCUGAUUAUGAGGCACUGCAAGAAAGUGAUAAAAAGUAGCAAUAGCAAAUAUAGGCUUGUUUAGCCAA